CGCGCCAUGCUGGAUCGGCAGCGAUCGUUUUCACGUUGCUAUUGCAACCGAAUGUGCUCGCGUUCUCCUCAUCGACGCGUUAAUUAAACGGUCUCCUGGCUCGCGAACGAUAAUUGACAAAGCCGGGGGGUUGGGGGGGAAACUCGUCGAGAAAAUCGAGACUAAUCGAACCGUCUUCGAACACUUCGUCUCUCACAGUUUUGAAACUACGUGGAGAGGAUGAAAAUCGCGAGCCUCGAUUCGGUGUAAACGUAGCGUAACUGGUUGUCAAGCGAGAAACAUCGAGUGUUGUGAAACGAAACACAGGAAGGAGUUAUUAGAUGUAUUAAUAACAAAGUGUACAAUUGAAAUUUUGAUAAAAUCGAACACUCGGAGAUUUGAAUUGAAAGUGGAAGAUUGGCUCUGAGAGAGUCGACGACAAAGUGAAACUGAAGAUUCUGUAAUUGCGUUCUGUAACUGAAGUUUUUUCUAUAAUUGGGAAAUUCGUGUUAAAUUGGAAUCAAGUUCUCUGGAAUUAAAAAUCAACGAUCAGUGGAGUUCGACGUCGAAAUAAAAUUGGAGAUCCGAGAAUUAAAUCGUAAUUAAGUUAUUUCUCCGUUGCUGAAACGUCCGAGGAGAAGUAAUUAAAAUCGAAGACUCCCGAAUUAAACUGUAAUUAGAGUUCCUCUCUAUUGAAAAAUAAGCGAACCAAGGAAGUCGACGAGGAAUUAAAAUUGAACACUCUGGACGAUUAAAUCGUAAUUUUAGGCCACUUUACCACUGAGGCUGCUGAAAUCAAACUGCGACUAAAUUCAAACCAAAGUCAAAACGUUUCGCAAAGGAAAACGCUAAAGCAAAAUUAGAACGGAACCUGUCGAGCAAUCGACAAACCAAAGUGGCCAAUCUCAGGGUCAAAGAUUCUAAAAUUAAAUCGGAAGUUUCCGUCAAAGUUGAUCGAAAAAUCAACAAACGAAUAUCGAAGCUUCUGAAAUUAAAUUCCUCGAAACAUCUACGAUCCACCUAGGCGAGUCGACCUACGACUACGAUCAAAGAUCCUGAAGUCUACCCAAGAUUGAAUUUUCCGGAGUAAGAAAAAAACAACCAAACAAGAGACAACGAGCUUCACCAGUCGAUGAUUCCAAAAUUAACUCGAACCAGCGAUCCGUAGAGAGAGUUGACCGCGACGACGCUCGUUAACUCGAAGGCGAAACCGCCGGCUCGAUAAGCUGUUAUCUGGCUGCAAUAAUUGCAGGCUGCGUGUAUCACGGCAUUGUCGUCGGACGUGAAGGCUCCGCUCGGUCGCGAGAACUGAUGACCGCGCGUUGUCAACAGGUGAUACGAUCGACGAAGACAAAAGAACGGGAAGAGAGGGGAACGUUAUCAAUAGAGGCGUAGGUUUGAAUGAAAGAGAACGAAGCCAGUUUCAAGUGCUAUCGUCAAGUCGAAAAACCCUGGUGAACAAGCGAUUGGAUCAGAGCGCGUUCCAACGUUUGAUCACGCAAUUGAACGGAGGCUUCGCGCGACUCGCCAGAAGCAGAUAGCGCGAUAACGUCGAAAGAGAGUGGAAAAGGAGUCUGGCGCCUCGUUUCUCUGUUAAAGUGACACGUCGCCUUGGCCAAUAAAAACGACAGACAGCUGUUCGAACCGAACGAAAUCGGCAGCUGCUCGUUCGUUGGCCCCCGUCGCUCUUUAAUUUCAGGCAGAAGCCUUAAUCCAAGUCGAGUCGAGUCGUCGGUGGCGAGUGGGGAAAAAGGAAAGAAGAAGAAAAAAGAAAGAAAGAGUGAUCGGCGGUGUCGGUAAUUUUCUCUUUAAUUUCGGAGCGAGGUUAAUUCAACGUUGAACCGUCAAUCGAGCAGAGAGCGGGAAGCAUAAGCGAUCGAUAGAUCCCUGUCUCUCUCUCUCUCUCUCUCUCUCUCUCUCUCUCUCUCUCUCUCUCUCUUUCUCUCUUCUGCUUGAAUUCCGAUCGAUUCCAACUGUGAGUCUAAAUAAUACCGGUGAAGUGUUAACAGGUCCCUCCUCGCCCGGCUUCUUAUUGCUUUUUCGUCUGUUGGCCUCUUUUGCUCUUCAAUUUCACACCGAGGCUUAACUAGUGAUAUCGAACCGUUAACCGAGCAGCGAGCAGAAAAAAAAAGAAAAUCGACAAAGUGCUUGAAUGUCGUAAAAUUGACGAGUCCGGAUAGUACCGAAGGGAUAUAAUUUCUUUAAUUAACGAAAGGGAGAAGGAGGAAGAAGAAGAAGAAAGUUUGGUGUGUUGGUUGCUUAUCUUGAUCUUGGAUUAAUGGUGAAACGAAGACGCCGUGAACGAUGACAGGGCGAAACUGAUGGAAAGGGGAGAACGAAACAGAAGAUUCGUCAGGAUGAUGAUGACACCGCCGCAGGUCGUGGGUGUUCUGUUGAAGAAGCCGGGACAACAGAACCACCCACGUUUCCCACCGUUAGACCCACAGGAGACGAAAAUCAGAGGCGAACUGUACGUGGAGGAUCUAGGUGAGAGAAGGAUCGUGUCCAUCAGAAUGGGAUGGCUUUGGGUCGAGGGUACUCCCAGGCUCCCGUUGAGGGCAUUGAACCUACGACAGGCAGCGCCCAGCCUCUGUCAACCACACGCGUUGGCUCUUGGGUUCACGCUCAGCAACUCGCAGGAUCACACCCUUGCCACUUUUUGGGCAGAUUCAGAGACCGUCUAUUGGUCGUGGGUGAGAGCAAUCGCGGCAGAACUGGUCAGACAAACGCCAUUCCGAGCUCAACGUUGUCUAAACUUCCUAGAAAUCCUGACAAUCUGUCCGAGAGGGCCUGUACCAUUACCGGACAGUCCCACAGAAUCUAGAAGACGUUCCAGAAGCGAGUUACGCUGCUGGCCUGGUGACUCUCCCACGGAGAAAGAUCCCAGAACAACCACGACGAUUCUGGAAGAAUCCAGAAGAAGAGCGAGGAGCGAAUUACGGGGUUGGUCGAGCAGCAAUUCGAGCGACGAGGACCUACUGGGCGACUUUCGAAGUAUACCAACGAUAAUAACGAAGGACCAACCGAUGACCAGGACCUGGGGCUGCAGCGAGAGUAGCGAAGGAAGCGACGACAGCCUUCCCUGGAGCGGCGUCUGUCGUUCCAGCGUGGAUUCCGUGGACUCUGCCGUGUCAAUCCCCGAGCCAGAGACCAGGGAACAGAGAAUACAGAGGUACAAAGAAGCCAGGAGACGAGAGAACGAAGCUCGAAGCAGAAGGGUAUUGGAAGAAGACGCCAGGAGACGAAAGGCUAGAGCCGAAGAGAACAACAACGAUAUCCUCAAGACGUACGGCUCGAGUAGAUCAAGAAGCAGGUUCUAUUCCGGCAACGACAACGACAGCUACUGUCUAACAUCAACGAGGAAAGAUCGCGACAACAAUGGCUACGAGACGUCUAGAGUGAGGAACGAGAAGAACAUCAUCAGCAGAUUGCCUCCGGUGAAACCCAACGAGUCAACCUUGGUUCGAUUCGAAGACGAUCACAGGAACGAGGACGACAAGAGGAACAACAACAGUCCGAGAAAUGGUAACGCCAGUCCUGGAAUACUCAGAACGGACAUGACGGAGAGAAGAAGCCGCGCGCGAGAAAGGAGAAGCGUGAGAGAGAAGGGCCAAUUGCUCCAAACGCAGCAAUUCAGCAAUACCGCCGUUGAGACGCUCCAAGAACGUAAGGAACGGCUGGCCCAAUUAUCCUCGAGGAUUCCCGUGCCUCGGCAAACGUCGCAGAACUCGAAACUCGCGGAGAAUUGCAAUUCGACGGCACUGCCCAAGUCGUCCACCACUCUGUCGGUCCUGACCGAGCCACCGUGCGAGGAAGACGUGGCCAGAUUGCUGGAACGGUGUCAGAGGGUGGACCAUUACGUGCCAGUGCGAGAGAAACUGACUUUGUUCGAGUCUCUGAGCAGGCUAGGCGGUCGACUGGCUAGGAGCACGGAAGAUCUUGGUCGAUCGUCCUCGAAACCGAGCCCCAGAGGGAAACAACGCGCCAGAUCGCUUCACGAUCUCAACAGAGGGGCCAGAGCGGUUCCAGUCCGAGAGAUGUGCCGAUUCUUCGAGGGGGAUAUCGAACACGAUCAGAAUCAGAAGACCUCUCUUGCCAAAACGAGGUUCAGCGAUCCCGUGACACCUACCAGGAACACGUGGAAAGAGUGUUCUGCGAGUUCCAAAGGCAACGAGGCGCCUUGCAUAAGAUCGUCCACGAGAAAGAAACAUUAUUUGAAGUAACUGGAGCGACUUGGGGAUUCAAUUUGCGGAUCCUAGGAUCUUUUGCGCAAUGAUUUUGAUAACUGAUAAUAUUAGCGAAUUGACAAAUGGAUUUUUUCCCCCUUUGCAGUCUUGCAAUUUCAAGUUAUAUAGAAACAGUCAAGUGGUUGGUGAUUUAAUUGACCACUGGUUUUUUUUUUUUCUUUACAUUUUGAAUUUUAAAUUGCAUUGAAAGUUUUGCAUUUCGCGAAAUGAUCAAGUAACUUAGUGACUUAAUUUUUAUUGGCACAAGCAAAAAGAAAAAGAAAAAUUUCACUAAUGUUAUCAGUUAAAUUGUGCCGAAGGAUGAUGUUAUCUCCUAGUCUUCGGUCUCUAGAUCUCUAACGCGUCUCUGCUGAGAAAUUCCAUGUUCGAAAGCAGGUCUUUCAGAGGAACGUGCUCUGUCCUGGUAUGUACACGUUAGAGUGACAGAAAAAAAAAAAAAACAUCGAAUCUAACACUUCGAAUUCCGAAAGAUUUCCUCGUGGAUCACAUCGUGUAAGGUUAAGAAGGAUCGAUCGAUUUAGGUGCGAAUCCGUUUCUCUUGACUGCGAUGGAUCGUCAAACUCGUGUCGAGAGAAAGUCUGGCUGCCUGGAGCAGCUAGGUUCUUUUUGCUCUCCAGAAUUCAAACUGUGCUCGAUACGAGGCUUUGAUCAGACGCGACGUUCAGCAUGCGACACGAACAUCAACGACGCCUGGCAAAGUACAGGAAGUACGGCGAGUUUUUGCCAAUUUUUCUUAUUUAUUGUAUCUUUGUUCUGCUAUUUCUUUUUUUUUUCUUUUUUUUCUGUACGAGAUUCCCCCGGAGAACCGAGCGUGAUUCGACGCCACGGAUAAAGAGCGCGUCGAAUCGAGAGAUGAAGAGGAAGAGAAAAGGAGAGGGAAUUGGAGAAACCGGUAGUUUCCAUUCACCGAACGCGAUUCUCGCGCGCGGACAACACCUGCCGAAUGCAAGUCGAAGUCGCGGUCUUCGAUUCCUCGAUUAACUUUCGAUUGAACGUCGUCGAUAUCCGGCGGAACAAAUUUUACAAACAAGAGACUGAACCAUCCAACCAAUUGAUUUCGUUAAAUGAAACCAGAGUUACGUUUUCCUGUAGUUUUUGAAACAAGUUGCAAUUAUUAAGUUGUAUAAAUAGAUUAACGAAAUUUUGGAAGCCCUGUGAGUAUUGAGGUUUAAUUUGUACAUAAAAUGACUUUUUUUUUUGGUUGUUUGCUUGAUAAGUUUGUAGAAUACGUAGAAAAAUAGAAUACGUCUGAAAAAUGGAAGAUGAGAUAUUUUUAUUACAUAUAAUUGGAACUGUAGUGUGGUUUUGCUAUUUAUCGGAGCAAUUUUUCGAGGAAUUGCUUGCCUUUAAAAAAAUUUAUGCAAAGACUGAAAUGAAUCGAAACGACUUGGAUAAAUAUUGUCUCGUUGACUGAUCUCAGAUUUAAUUACUGUAUUCAAUGUCCGGAUUUAUGAUUUGGAUAGAGUUGGAACCUGAAGUGAAAUUCGACAGUUUUUUGAAAUCUAAUUCUUGUUCAAAAGUAACAAGAAUGAUCUCAGACGUUUCUUGUUGCUACAUUCAACGUUUCACUACAUUUAUCUGAACUACAGUAUUUCAUUGGUUCACAACUCUGUCUGCGAUCAAGAAAGAUUUUGCGAAGAUUGAAAUAAAUAAUUCAAAGAAAUGAAGAAUUGAACACUUUCACUGAUAAUGAGAGCCAACUUAUCUUUAAUCUAACGUCACGUUAUCGAUGGACAAUAUCUUUUCUAUUUGACUGAUCAAUUUUUAUCAUCUUUUUUCCAUUUAACAUUCAGAAAGAAACAUUCAUCUCGAUAUGAACAAUUUCGAACAAAUAAUCAUCUUCCAACUAAACGCUACGAACUUCUCAAACAACUUGUUAUCUCCUUUCACGCGUACCUGAACGAAGAAAAUUCGCAUUUAAUUCGCUCGCCGUUUGAUCAAACGAUUCUUGUAAAUAAUUGAUUUAGUUAAAGAACGAGAGCCGGGAGAAUGUAACUAGCUAUCGGUCGGAUCUCGAACAUCCGUUUCAACGAACGGCUCGUGAACUAAUGUUGACUUCCGUUUGCUCUUCCAGUCGGGACGAUCAUUUCCAUUCCUGUUUCUCCCCUGCCCUUUCUCUCUCUCUUUCUUCUGUUUCUCUUUGUAUUCAAUUGGGUCAUGCGAACGAUCCCUAAACCGUAUCGUGGCUCUUCUCUUUCGUUCCGUAAAAAAUAAUCGCAUUAGAAACCAAACAGCAAAAGAAAAAAAAAAUAAUAAAAAAAAUAAAAAAUAGAAAAAGAACAGGUUUCAACGACGCACAGUGGCUAAUUUUGUCAAUUUACGCGGGCGAAAUGAAAAUGAAAAUGUUUUAAUGUUGAAUUCUUCUAAUUCGAAUUUGACAGCAUCUGAAUGCUAUGUAUAAAUUUGCUCUUAGUUGUUAAUAUUGAUUAUUAAUACACAAUUAUUUGACUUAUUUUCCUACUCGAUAUAGAUAUUAAUUAAUUUCUUAUAAAUUGUCUAUUUAAUAUAUGGGCAUUGAAACUUUUUGUUACUAUACACUUGAAUCACUCGUUAAAAAUACAAAUAUAUAUAAAAAAAAAUAUAUGUCUACGUAAGUUGUUUAAUUUAGCCACAGUGUACUGUAACAAGAUUCUCGAAACUUUUUCCUCAAAGUUUCUCAAAGUUCUGAUUAGGACACGGCUUUAUUAGUUAUCGGUAGCCCCGAGAUGCCGAGAAUUAAAAA